AUGAUACAAGCCAAACAAAAAAUGGCACCCGAAAUUACCCCAAACACCUUUCUCACCACCACAGGUUCUCAAUCAGACCAAAAGACAACAAUCUUCUUCAUCUCCGGCAACCCGGGUCUGAUCGGCUACUACCACCCAUUCCUCUCUGUACUCUCAAAGUAUCUAGACGAGAACGAGGAACAUUCACCAAGCCUACCAUCCUUUCAAAUCUACGGCUGUUCUCUCAGUGGCUUUGAAAUCGACGAACACCAGCCCUCACCAUCACCGUCAUCGAACAAUGGCAUCGAUCUCGACCUGGAAGAUCAGAUCUGCUUUGUUCAGGGAAAGCUCGCUGCCCUGAUGGGAGACGAACCCAACGGUAACGGUAACGGCAAAGGUAAAGGUAAAGAUACUGUGGAUGUCGGAAUAAGACAAAAAGUCAUCCUGAUCGGACACUCCGUCGGCGCAUAUAUCGCCAUGGAAGUCCUAAGACGACACCGCGAAGCAAGCCCAGAAAGCGCCUUCGAUAUCGUCGGUGGAGCGAUGCUCUUCCCGACUGUCAAGGAUAUCGCAGCGUCGCCUUCAGGACAGAAAUUGACGAUUCUACUCUCAAUCAUUCCCCGUCUUGCUGUGGUGGUUAGUUUCUUCGCCCGACUACUGACAUUUCUGCUCCCGGCAUCGCUUCUUCGAUCUGUGGUCCGGCUCUUCAUGGGUGAUCCCCCCGUUCAUGCUUUGGACGCUACGUGUGCUUUUUUGAAGAGUCGAGGUGGAGUGCGGCAAGCUUUACAUAUGGCUGCUGAUGAGAUGCGGACUAUCACUUCGGACAAGUGGAGUGAUGAUGUCUGGGGCGCUGCAUCGGCAAGUGAGCCUAUCGCUAAGCUGUUUUUCUACUUUGGUCGUAAUGAUCACUGGGUGGCUGAUCAGACGAGGGAUGAUAUUGUUGCGGUCCGCGGGCGGAAGGGAGGGCAGGCUGGGCCAACUAUGGUUGUUUGUGAAGAGGGUUUGCCUCAUGCCUUUUGUUUGAAACACAGUGAUGUGAUGGCGCGAAAAGUUGCAGGGAUGGUUGGCCAGAUUGUGGCCUGAGGAAGAGGCCAUGGCUUUUACAAUGCAUGGAAAUAGACAGGAACUACACAAAG